AUGCCAUCUCGCACCGGCCUGGCUAAAGGAAUCCCCAUCAGGAAAGCGAAACACCCAAGGCUCUCCAGCACUAAUAAUGGCUACACUGACUUUCAGUUGAAGAAAAGCCAUCCUCCUAAGGUCCCAUAUAAGGCCACUGGGCUUGGUGCAGUGCUGUUUUUGAUUGGUGCCUUUCUCAUUAUUGUAGACUGCCUCCUGCUGGCAGGCUCUAUCAGCAAAGGGGUGGGGGGGCAGACUGCCAUCCCCAUCCUGGUGACUGGCAUCCCGGUGUUCCUGCCAGGAGUCUACCACCUGCGCAUGCAUUGCUGGCUGUGCAUCCAAAGGCCGCUGGGGUUACUCCUACGGUGACAUUCCAGACUUUGAUGACUUGUACCCGC